AUGGCUGAAUCAUGUAGUAAAGCUAGAGAUUUUUUUGAAGUUAUCCAGCGCAUAUAUACGAUUUUUGCCAAUUCUACUAAGAGAUGGCAAAUUUUGAAAGAUAAUGUGAAAGGAUUGACUCCAAAAUCAUUGUCAUCCACUCAUUGGGAAAGUCGUGUAGAUAAUGUUAAAGCUAUAAGAUUUCAAAUAUCAGAAUUUAGAGAAGCUUACUUGAACUGUUUUUAUGAUGCCUUAAAUAGUGCUAAGAAAAUUGCUAUUGAUAUGAAUAUUGAUCCAAUUUUUCCUCAAAGACGCACAAUUCGAAGAAAAAGACAAUUUGAUGAGAAUUUGAAUACCCCAUCUAUUGAGUUAUCAGGAGAAGAAUCUUUUAGAAUUAAUUAUUUUUUUUACCUUGUUGAUCAAGCCAUUGUUUCUCUUACUAAGCGAUUUGAACAAUAUGAAGAAUAUGAAAAUAUUCUUGGUUGCUUGUUUACUUCUGAUAAGCUCCAAUUAUUAGACAGUACAGGUUUGAAGUCUUGUUGUAGUCAUUUUGAAAAGGCAUUGAAACAUAAUGAACAAUAUGAUAUUGAUGGAAAUGUAUUAUAUGUGGAGUUAAAGUUAUUAAGAGAAAUCUUGCCUAGGGAAAAAAUGAGAGCUAUUGAUAUAUUGAAAUUUUUGAAAGGCGUAGAUUGUUUUCCUAAUACAAUUAUUGCGUACAUAAUUUUAUUGACUAUUCCUGUGAUAGUUGCUUCUGCAGAAAGAAGUUUUUCAAAAUUGAAGUUGUUAAAGUCCUACCUGCAGUCUACCAUGUUACAAGAAAGACUUAAUGGAUUAGCAUUGAUCGUGAUUGAAAAUGAUGUUUUAGAAACUGUAAAAUAUGAAGAGAUGGUUGAUGAAUUCGCUUCAAAAAGUAUGCGAAGAAUGGCUUUUUUUAAAUAG